GGUCAUGAUGAUGAAAGUCACGUUUUUAAAGAGAUGGAUCCUGGUGCAUUCUUUACGUUUUCAAUUCCUUUUGACAUGAAGGGAAACACAAAAGUUAGUGUAUUAACAGCAACGCCUCUAAACUAGUUCAAACUGUUCUCCCUAAAGGUCCAGUAAGAGAUAUAACAACACGGGUUGUUGUUUCAGUGUUACUACAAUACUACUGCAGGAAACUUGCCGAUUGUGGUCCAAAUGAAGUAAAAACUGAAACAAGAAUUUGACUUAUAUGAGAAAAGUCAGGAUGUCAGAUGGCAGAAAUUGAUAUCCAAUAGUUAUGAAGGUUGAAUGAUGUACAUGGAUUGAAAAAUAUUCUCCAUUCUGAUCGGCUAAUAGCAGUGUAAUUUUUCGAAAUACAGUGCCAAAAAAUGAAAGACAGUGCAAUUUUUCGAAAUACAGUGCUUUAAGAUACAGCCAUUUCUAGUAGAAAAUAAUACCAAAAAAACCAAACAUUUACAAGCGACAAAAAUGGCUGGCGUUUUUAGUAGAUUUUCUGUUGAAAUUAUUUAUAUUAAAAUUAACUAUUUCGCUUGUGACCUACGUACGCAUGUGACUGCAUACUUUUUUCAUGUAUUAUUAUGUGCUAUUUAAAAAACGAGCAGGAGUGUUUUAUUAGGUUUAAAGCCACGAGCGCGCAGCGCGAGUGGCUUUAGACCUAAUAAAACACGACCUGCGAGUUUUUUAUAUGACUUCAAAAACAUUUGCAUAAUAAGUCAAAUCUUUAUAUAAAAAUCUUUAUAUAAAAAUCUUUAUAUAAAAAUCUUUAUAUAAAAAUCUUUGUAUAAAAUUCUUUAUAUAGUUUGCAUAACAAUGGUCUUUUGUUAAAGUGUUCUUUAGCUGGUAUAAAGACGUAUGCACGUGACUGAUUUCUUACUCAAGAUUGGAUAAUUGCUUCAUGAAUUAUUAAUGAGUUUUUGAAUAAUAAGUAAUACACUCGUGCGUCUUUUUGCACUCGUGGAAUUUUGAUCGUCUUUGAAAAACUCAUUCAUGCAUGUUUUCCCCAAAUUGCACUCGAAACCAUUCUACUACCUAGUAUACAAACCAGAGCCAAAAUACGAAAUUUCAGCACACUCUUUACCAGCUUGGUGCUAACCGCGCAACAAAAACAAUAGAAAGGGACUGGAACUGACGUCCAAUAGCUCUUCAGUUUCCGCCAUCUUGACUUCACUUUUUGGACACGAGUUCUCGCUCCAGAUAGAUAUAUAUAUAUAUAUAUAUAUAUAAACAACAUAGAUAUAUAUAUAUAUAUAUAAACAACAAAUUUCAAUCUUAAAAUUUUAUUUCAUCGCUACACAGUGUUUCACGUACAGCGUACGAUCAUCAGGCGAUCAGGCGAUUGAUGUUAAUAACAUCAAUCGCCUGAUCGCCUGAUGAUCGUACGCUGUACGUGAAACACUGUGUAGCGAUGAAAUAAAAUUUUAAGAUUGAAAUUUGUUGUUUAUGUCUUUUUAUUUGCUCUACUGAUUUAUUGGUGUUGAGCACUCUAGUUCACUACGCACAAAUUCAAAAUUGAAUAUUAUAUAUAUAUAUAUAUAUAUAUAUAUAUAUAUAUAUAUAUAUAUAUAUAUAUAUAUAUAUAUAUAUAUAUAUAUAUAUAUAUAUAUAUAUAUAUAUAUAUAUAUAUAUAUAUAUAUAUAUAUACAUAGCUUAAGAUUUUGGUUUACGAAACACAAACAGUGCUCAAUACCAUAUAGAUAGAGCGUAAUAUAGUUUUUCGUUUUACCUCAAAAAACCAUAACAGUCUGUUUCAAGUCUAUAUAUAUUUAACAAUUAUACCAUGAGCUCGAGUCGUAUAUGAGCUGAUAGCCGACGAGGUGCGUAGCACCGAGUCGGCUAUCAGCCAUAUACGACGAGAGCGAAUGGUAUAAUUGUUUUAUAAUAUAGUCUAAUAUAGCCAUUAACUGAAGCAGUAAUUAAUUAUUCACUGUUACAAUGUGUUGACAAUUUGUUCGGCCAAAAACCGCUUGAAAAUUUGAAAUACUUUUGUUUUACAACUCGAAGACGAAGUGAAAGAAAUGGUUUUAGAACCUCUAUAUCUCACAGGAAAGCUCAGAUAUAUUAUACAGAUGUUUGGUACUAUAGUAAGUGCUUGUUGACUGCAAAUUCAUUUGUCGUUCAUCGGCAAACUUUUCUGAACAAUUUAUAUUCUCAAUGAACAUGUUUUUUCGCUGUUGUUUCGGUAUUAAUUCUUUAAAAAACUUUAUUUAAACUAAUUUCUACGUAAUAAAUGUAUUUUGCUAACCUGUCAAUUUUUUUUGAGAGUUUUUCCCUGUACUAUUAUGUUUUUCAAAGCGAAUAUUUUCCUUUUUCUGCUUCGCAAAACUCAUGUAGUUUUUGGACCGCCAUCUUGUUUUUCGCUACUCGCCGUAUAUGAGCUGAUAUACGGCGAGUAAUUCAACCAAUCAGAUUGCAGAACAGCUCAUAUACGGUGGAUGACUAUAUUAUAAAUAUAUAUAUAUAUAUAUAUAGCUCACUGGGUCAAACCAUAAUCAAACAACUCCAUAUUAGUAUAAAAGGUACAAUAUAUUUUUUAUUUACUUUGCUAUCAUACUUAUACAUUCAUUGGCUGGGAAACCACAACAGCUAUUGCCAAUUACAGCGGCCCCAAUAGUUAUAUACGGAAACAAUUUACAAGGUAUACUAAACACACAAAAUAAACAAUACUUGACCAACAGUCAUUACAUUAUGUCUAAAAACAGCAUGUCAAUGGGGAGAUCGUUAAAUUCCGAGCGGAAUUACAUUUUAUACACGCACUUUUCCAUGUGCGGGGAUCCUCAACAUCGUAUGUAUUUCCUAAUGCUAAAGUAAUAGUACUUAAAAAGAAUAUUCCCGAAUUCUGAAAAGAAUUCAAGAAUCCCUAACGCAUUAACCGUAAUACUAACCACUCUGUCACCAAUACCGACACAUCCCGUCAUUAAUAGCUUCGUUUUUUUUCGUGAUUUGUAGAGAUGCCCUGUACCCCUUCCAGAAUCUUACGAACUAGCAAUCCAUUCCAGAGAGAAGUAUGUGGUAUCGUGUAUUAUUUUAUUAAGCGUGAUGCUCUUAAAGUAACUGCAUGAUGUAUUUCAGGGCUGGAAAAUGUCCGGCAGCAGCACGAAAUUUUUAGUACAAUUUUUUUGCAGGAAAUUUUACUGGAUAUACAAUCGAUCACGUGAUAAAAAUAGACCUAAACUUUUUCCUGAUCUCUGCUGCACACGUAAAAAUCUCACAACUUGUCAACAAGAUGUGUUCGCAACAGGCUUGUAGCAAGCUUGUCGACAAGUUGUAACAAUGCUGUGUUUUUUUUGGCCUAGUUGAAUCCCUAUCAAUCCGAAGCUUAUGAUGUUGGCAGUACAACCUACUAUCUAAAAUUAUACAGAAAGUCUUACAUUUGGUUCACAGAGGAAGUUUUUGUUUUCGCUGCCAGGAAAAAAACCUUUUGUGUGCCUGGUGUGUUACAACAAUUUUGUUUUAUUGAAUUUAGACGCGUGGAUGAUUGGCAUCAGUUAGUACGUGAAUCAAAAUUAGCAAAAUCGCAACGAAAGCAACUGCAAGCUGCCGUCCAACAUCGAUUUCAGGUAUUCUUUGGUUUUAUCCUCGUUUUGCUUCUGAGAAUGAACUGUUGACCAGUUUGUAUCGAUAUUGACAUUCUUACCAGAUCCAAGGCUUUCAGAAAGACGAACCUCCUCCCCACGUCCCCCCAUCCCCUAUAGUUUGUCACAUCUUUGUCACCCUGCAAUCUUUCUUGUAUUUUUUAGGAAUGGUUAUCAGAUACAGGAAAUGCUCACCAGUUAGAAGGUUUGCUUCCUGCCGUAACACACCCUAAAUGACACACGGAAUGCAUCUCACCUCGAUCUUAGGAACAUUUUCAUGCCAGACCUUUCGGCGCCAGAAAUUGCAUGCGUGUUCACAGAAAAUAACUCCCUGUAUAUAUUAGGUCGUUUUAUAUUAUGUUGCAGUACGUGCGUUUGAGUUUGAACUGCCUGAAGGUGAUCCGGCCCUAUAAAAAUGUACAUAAUUUAAAUAUUUGUACAGUUGGGAUAAUAUAUAUUAGGCUUAUACAAUAAAUUCAAAACCAAGC